UUAAACGAGGAAGGAAUAAUUUAAAAUUCAUUUCCUAUUAUUUAUUUUUAAGCCUAUUGGUAACCUAAUGACUAUGAAUUGUUCUAUAUGUGUGAUAAUAUUGGUAAUUUGCUGUCUUAAUCUUGCUACAACGUAUGAUCUUACAGAUUGUAUAUCAAAUUGUAUAGGUCAUAUUCCAAGAAAAUACAUAUGGUGCAAAAUUAAAUGUUACAAAGACUUUAGUUUCGGCGGAUACAUGUUGAAAACUAAGGACGAGUGUUAUGCCACUUGCGAUACAUUACCAACGGUCAAUAGAGUGGACUGUAAAAUGGCUUGUGACUUCUUAUUUAAGGAUUCAGUAGAGAAAUCUUUGAAAGACGGUGAAAGUGCCAGUGACCCUAUAAAUAUUGAUUGA